AUGCCCUACAGUGAGGAGAAGGAGAAGGAGGGGCCCAAGUCGGGGGAGAAGAUAGGGCAGCGGGUGCGAGGGGCGUUGGUCGUGCCCCAGAGGGUCCUAAAGCACCUACGGCACCUCAACUUUACCAACAACAUGGGAGAACAGGUGACGUUCGAUGAGUGUGGUGACCUGAUGGGAAACUAUUCCAUCAUCAACUGGCACCUCUCCCCGGAGGAUGGCUCCAUCAUGUUUAAGGAAGUAGGGUAUUACAACGUCUAUGCCAAGAAGGGAGAAAGACUCUUCAUCAAUGAGGAGAAGAUCUUGUGGAGUGGGUUCUCCAGGGAGGUGCCCUUCUCCAACUGCAGCCGGGACUGCCUGGCAGGGACCAGGAAGGGCAUCAUUGAGGGAGAGCCCACCUGCUGCUUUGAGUGUGUGGAGUGUCCUGACGGGGAGUACAGUGAUGAGACAGAUGCGAGCGCCUGUGACAAGUGCCCGGAUGACUUCUGGUCCAACGAGAACCACACUUCGUGCAUCGCCAAGGAGAUCGAGUUUCUGUCGUGGACCGAGCCCUUCGGCAUCGCGCUCACGCUGUUUGCGGUGCUGGGCAUCUGCCUCACGGCCUUCGUGCUGGGCGUGUUCAUCAAGUUCCGCAACACGCCCAUGGUCAAGGCCACCAACCGCGAGCUGUCCUACCUGCUGCUCUUCUCGCUGCUCUGCUGCUUCUCCAGCUCCCUGCUCUUCAUCGGGGAGCCCCAGGACUGGACGUGCUGCCUGCGCCAGCCGGCCUUCGGCAUCAGCUUCGUGCUGUGCAUCUCGUGCAUCCUGGUGAAGACCAACCGCGUGCUCCUGGUGUUCGAGGCCAAGAUCCCCACCAGCUUCCACCGCAAGUGGUGGGGGCUCAACCUGCAGUUCCUGCUGGUCUUCCUGUGCACCUUCAUGCAGAUCGUCAUCUGCGCCAUCUGGCUGUACACGGCGCCCCCGUCCAGCUACCGCAACCACGAGCUGGAGGACGAGAUCAUCUUCAUCACGUGCCACGAGGGCUCGCUCAUGGCCCUGGGCUCGCUCAUCGGCUACACGUGCCUGCUGGCCGCCAUCUGCUUCUUCUUCGCCUUCAAGUCCCGCAAGCUGCCCGAGAACUUCAACGAGGCCAAGUUCAUCACCUUCAGCAUGCUCAUCUUCUUCAUCGUCUGGAUCUCCUUCAUCCCGGCCUACGCCAGCACCUACGGCAAGUUCGUGUCGGCCGUGGAGGUGAUCGCCAUCCUGGCGGCCAGCUUCGGCCUGCUGGCCUGCAUCUUCUUCAACAAGGUCUACAUCAUCCUCUUCAAGCCGGCGCGCAACACCAUCGAGGAGGUGCGCUGCAGCACCGCGGCGCACGCCUUCAAGGUGGCCGCGCGCGCCACGCUGCGCCGGAGCAACGUGUCCCGGAAGCGAUCGAGCAGCCUGGGCGGCUCCACGGGCUCCCUGCCUUCCUCCUCCUCCAUCGGCAGCGGCAGCAGCAGCAGCAGCAGCAACAAAAGCCACGGCGGCGGCGGCGGCGACGAUGCCUUCCCCCAGCCCGACGGACCCAAGCAGCCGCAGCCGCAGCCGCUGGCCUUGACCCAGCCCGAGCAGCAUCUGCAUCAGCAGCAGCAGCAGCAGCAGCAGCAUCAGCAGCAGCCCCGCUUGCAGCAGCAGCCGCCGCCGCAGCCGAGAUGCAAGCAGAAAGUCAUCUUCGGCAGCGGCACCGUCACCUUCUCGCUCAGCUUCGACGAGCCUCACAAAAACGCCACCGCCGCCGCCGCCGCCCGGAACAACUCCUCCUCCUCCUCGUCCGGGCGUCACAACUCCCUGGAGGCCCAGAAAAGCAACGACACCCUCAGCAGACACCAGGCGCUGCUGCCGCUGCAGUGCGAGGACACCGACUCAGAAAUGACCAUCCCCGACGCGGGCCUGCAACGGCCCAUCAUGGUAGGGGAUCACCAACCAGAAAUGCAAUUAGAAGAAGAAGAAGAAGAAGAAGAGAUGUCCCCAGCGUUGGUCAUGUCCAAAUCUGGUAGCUUUGUCAUCAGCGGCGGAGGCAGCGCCGUCACAGAGGACGUACUGCGCAGCCAGUCUCAGAAGAGCUCAUGAAAGGGCCUUCGCAUCGCAGUUUUGAGGCAAUCACCCAGACUCCUUGUUCUCUAAGGGGGGAUGGAAUAAUAGACAUGCAAGAUGCCUGAACUUAGUUAUACUUCUUUGAAUGACAAUGAACUGACUAAUGUUCUCUUUAAAAAUUAAAAAAAAAAAAAAUAGAGCCAUGUUUCUGCUGUUGUUUUCAAAGCUUGGUGUUAUAGUCAAUUUUGCUGUCAUGCCUAUCCAAUGUGCGCCAUCCACCCAACAGCGCACAGGAAACCAAAGCUAUAAGCUACCUGCCUGCUCCCUCCUUAGGGGGGAAAAAAAAAAAGAUGUCUGUGCAGAAAUGCCUUUUCUGAAAGUCAUGGGCACCUGGGAUGUGAAUCCUGGUUCAGAGGCAGUGGGCAAACCGAUGAGAUACCAAAUUUGCCACCACCAGAGUGGAGUCUGAAAGACAGUCCACGAAGACUGCCCAGCCCCUUGACAAGUGGAAAGAGUUUUAAAAUGGUCAAGACAUCAGGGGGUGUGGCCCCGCCUACUUAUGAAAACCUCAAGACAUGCGGUCGCUUGUCUCCUUCCCGCUGCUUCUAUUGUGUGACAUCUACUAAGUCUGCAUCCCUCGCAGGGCAACGGAUCUGUGUUUGUACAGACUGGGAUGGCAAAGCUGUGUUUAGACUCCAGGAUCACAAGGAUCAUCUCCAGUGGUGGGGAAAGGAUUGCUUAACUCCAGUGAGCUGGAUCUGUAAUUAUCACUGAACGGCGCUUUAUCCUUAAGAAAAAUGUCUCUGUUGUAAUGGUUUGUGGACAAUAUGAACUGAAAAACAUAUAUCAGCCGGGCGUGGUGGCACACACCUUUAAUCCCAGCACUCGGGAGGCAGAGGUAGGAGGAUCCCCGUGAGUUUGAGGCCACCCUGAGACUACAUAGUGAAUUCCAGGUCAGCCUGGACUAGAGUGAAACCGUACCUUGAAAAACAAAACAAAACAACAACAAAAGUCACGGUCUGGUUUCUACAAGGCAGUAUUAUUGAGCUCUGUUUUCUUUUCUCACCCUCACCCCCAUGAGCAGAGCACAUGUGAGCCUUUUCAGUGCCUCAGGGGUCCAGAAGGUCCCUCUGGCCCUACCCUAAAGGUUUUCUGAAGCCAGACCCACACCUGACCCUGCGGAGAAUAAGCUUGCUCCAAGUUGGCCCCUGACAGUUGCUGGGAUAAGAAAGUGUGGCUCCAAAGUGAACCCCAGAGUUCGCUGCAGCAGUUGGAAUUAAAGGUGUUGAAUGGACCACCUUACUGCUGAGGAUUCACACUGUGGCCACAGGGUCCAGCAGGGUCCAUGCCCUGGCGUGGUCACUUGCAAGCUGGGUAACUUCAGGCAGAGAACCAUAGCUAUAAUAGUACAACUUCCUCGUCUCUAAAGUGGGGGUAGAAAUCAUCUGAGCACCCUCAGAGCUCUCACGUGGAUUGAGGUGACGUCUGUAAAGUACUGUAGUGUGGUGCCUAACACAUAAUAAGCACUUAAUAAAAAUUAGUCAAUGCUA